AUGCUAAUUGUAUGCGCAGGUGGCAAGAACUUCAGCCUCAAGAGCGAGGAGGACGUGGAGGAGCUCAUGCAGACGCUCGUGGCGCAAAUUCACGCUAAGCUUAAGAACGAGCUCAAUCUACGCGAGAUUUUCAUCCCAAACUCCAAGGCAGAGGCACGCUGCAGCAUCUUCGUCUCGCACAACUACGCGGCGUGUCCGAAACUUUGCAUCUUCAUGCAACCCGGCGAAGGCAUGCAACCGGGCAUGUGGAGUCGUACGAUCCACCCGAAGACAGGCUUCCAGGGAUCCAUGAUCCCGUAUCUGAAGACAGCGAUUCAGGGUGGAUACGGCGUCGUGAUUCUGAAUCCCAGCACCAAUUUCUGCAUGGUUAACGGCCAUCGAGCCAAGAUCCUGCACUCAUCCACACCCGAAGUGCACGUGUCGUACGUCUGGAAGAACUACGUUGUGCCUAACGCGGCUCAGGAGAUCAGUUUCAUUGUACACGAAAAUGCUGGUAUCUUGUUAAAGACAUUUCUAUCCUCGUUGAGUGGACACGAACAGCAACGAGUCGGUGGAAUAGCCUUCAUUGAGUCGGCACAUCAAGUCUCAUCAGGAGACAGCAAUGCGUUGCGUGAGAUCUUGCGUGACAAAGCUGUUAACUUUGAAGCUUCGACAGAGCCAAUGUUUACAGUGAUUGGGUCGUCCAAGGCACGUCUGGGAUGCACGUCGUUGUCAGUGGGACGCACCUCAGGCGAAGCAAAUAACCGCGAGUGGACGGUGCACUCGGUACAGACGUCAGCGUUUGUGUUCCUGCAGUCCAUAGCCAGUGGAAUCGAGGAAUCUCUCCACGCUAUCCGUGCCACAUUCCCCAACAAACUCAUUGUGACAGUGAACCGUGCCCGACUCACGGGUCAACCAUACAACAAUCCGUUUGCAGUGGUGCAAUGCGCUGGGCAGAAGAAAGAGACAGUGGGCAGUCAUAAACACACGAUGGAUCCCGAAUGGAACCAGACGUUCUCUUUUCCCGUCACGUCUAGUGAAGCGAAGGUGACUAUCGUGGUGAAGGACAGAUCUUUUCCGAUGAACACUUCACUAGGUCAAGUUGUCGUGACUAUGAGUGAAGUGGGGCUAAACCGUGCAGACCGACGAUGGUUUGCUCUACGUGACGAGAGGGUGGUGUCAUCUCACGGCAACGGGGAAGUGGAGCUGACUCUCGAGUGGGUACACGACACUUUUGUUGCGCGUUCAGACUCGUUCAUUCGCGGCAAUCGCAUGCCGACGCUGGAAGCUCAACAGCGUCCACGUAAUGGCACUGGGGAUGGAGAGAAUUGCUGUUACCUGUGUAAGACCACGUUUGUGUUGCACCGUCGUCGAUACUGCCGAAUGUGCUUGCGUCUCGUGUGCACGUCAUGCUCCGAUCGCUUGUUCCUUCCUGGAUUUAGUGAGCCAAAGCGUGUGUGUUCCGGCUGCUGUGAUCUCCAAAUGAUGCUGCACAAUAAACUGCCUCGUAUGGGAGGUCCUGGGGGGCCAGGCUCGAAGGUUCCUUCGCAAGAUAAGCUGGACGAGCACGCACAGCGGAUGGAGGCGAUGCGGAAGCGCGAGGAAGCUGAGAAGCGACCUCUGUCUAUUAACGACUUUGAUCUGCUCAAGGUUGUCGGACGUGGCGCCUUCGGCAAAGUGCUGCUGGUUCGCAAAAAGGAUGGCAAGAACUCUGGCCAGAUUUAUGCCAUGAAGAUCCUUGUCAAGUCUCACAUCAUCAAGAACGACCAGAUUGAGAACACCAAGGCGGAACAACACAUUCUCAAAGAGAUUAGCCACCCGUACGUUGUGCGGCUGCGAUACGCUUUCCAGAACGCCGACAAGCUGUAUCUGAUCAUGGACUACUAUCCGGGUGGCUCCAUGUUCUACCACUUACGUAAAUCCAAGCGAUUCGCGGAGGAUCGUACGCGUUUGUACAUGGCUCAGCUGCUGACGGCAUUGAUGCAUCUGCACAGUAAGCAGAUCGCCUACCGUGACCUGAAAUUGGAGAAUAUUCUGAUGGAUCCGAAGGGAAAUAUCGCCCUAACUGACUUCGGUCUGUCCAAAGAGGGGCAGCUGGUCGAAGGCGCGAUUCGUGCGUCUCAGGCAGAUACCGGUAUGAAGACAAUCUGUGGUACAGCAGAGUACAUGGCUCCAGAGUUGCUGCGUCAUCAACCGUACGGGAAAGUGGUGGAUUGGUGGAGUUACGGUAUCCUGCUGUUCGAAAUGCUCACGGGACGUACCCCGUUUGUGGACCGCAAUCGACGGCAAAUGUUCAAGAACAUUAUGCAGUCGGAGGUCAUUUACCCUUCGCACAUUUCGCCUGUGGCUCGCUCUCUGAUCUCCAAACUGCUGAAUCGCGAUCCUGCGCGACGCCUUGGAGGCGGCCCCAAUGGCGGUCGGGAUAUCAUGGCGCACCCGUUCUUCGAGGCCAUUGACUGGGAUAAACUGAUGCGAAGGGAGAUCGAACCUCCCUUCGUUCCGGACGUGUCAAGCGUGGACGAUAUCACGAAUGUGCCCGAGAUGUUCCAGAAUAUGGCGGCGGUGGACUCUCCUGUCAACAAGAAGAAUGGCGAAGGACACCACUUUGACGACUUUACGUACCAAGAAGAAGGUUACAUUAUGCGUGCCACGCACCUAAACCAGCAUCACUAA